AUGAGCCUCCUCGGGGAGGUCGCGCAACAUACGGGGGCUCGUAGCUACUCCGAGGCCGCGCGGAAACUUAUGGGACAGGGCGUCGACCACCUCAUCGCGGUUCUCAUCAUCUUAAUCUGCUUUAGCGGGUCGGUAAUGUACAUCAUCACGGUGCGGGAGCUGCUGAGAUCCGUCCUUAAUCGACCUAGCUCAUCGACGUGGUUGCGAAGCUCGUCCGGCGUUGAUUUCAUGACGACGAUGGUCUGGCUCUUCAUCAUGGUCCCGCUGUCUAUCCCGAAGCUGAUCAACUCGUUGCGUUAUAUUUCCUUAAUUAGCGUUCUGAUGGUUAUAUAUUUAAUGGCAAUCAUCUUUUCCCACUCUGUUGCACAUGGCCUUAAUAACCCUAAGAUUCGGAAGGAGGUCGUUUUUUCUCGCUCGGGUAAUGUUGCGUUGAAAGGGCUUAGUAUUUUUAUGUUCACGUUCCUUUGCCAAUUAAACGCGUUUGAGGUCUUCCAUGAGAUGAAAACCAAGACGAUAUCGAACUUCACCCUGUGCUCUACUAUUUCUGUAAUCUUCUGCGCGUUACUGUAUAUGGUAUCCGGCAUAUUCGGCUACAUGGACUUCGGCAACAACAUAGCCGUGUACGUCCUGCAGCGCUACGACCAUGUAAAUUCUGUUAGUGUGACGGUGGCAUAUGUGGGGCUUAUCGUUAAUGUCAGUGUCACCUUUGCGCUUCACAUGAUCCCCUUCCGAAACGCCAUCUACCACUUUUCACAUUUGGACCCGAUGGGGGUGCCGUACCUGACGCACAUCCUGGUCAUGAUGUUUCCCUUGACGCUGUCCCUUCUAUUCGCUCUGUUCUUUUAUGAACUUAAUACGGUGAUGAACGUAGCGAUAGCCUUCUGCGGUGGUAUCCUUUGUUUGAUCAUGCCCGCGCUUUGUUAUAUGUAUUGUGGUAAUUUUUCACAUAAAACGGUGGGGUGGCUUAACUUUUUAGGAACAUAUUCACUUUUAAUAUAUGGCUGCGCAGCGGUUUCGUUUGGUACAGUAAUGACUGUCUAUGCACCUGAAGUAGCUCCUUUGACUAAAUGA